AUGUCCCAGGCUUGGUCCUGCACGCCCUAUCUAGAGGAAAGGCGCAUCGCGGACACGUCGUGGUGCGCGUCUGGGACAAGUCGCAGCUGUCACACAAGUGACGUGCGACGUCUUUUUGAGGAACUGCGCCGUACCCGUACCGUCACCGUCUGUCCGCAGGCUGCCAGCAACACAACCGUGUCUCCGAGGCGUUCCGCGCCUUUCGCAAUCCUGGAUUUCAACACAAACAACCCUUCUCUCCACUUCACCCCCCCUUCAGAGACUUCCAAUUUGGAACCUCUGAACUCAAGUCUUGCCCCGCGCAACUUAAGUUCGCCGUCCUCCACCCCGUUCGACUUCACGUCGUCCACCACGGCUUCUCAUCAGACACCAUGGCACUCUUCACCAGCUCCCCAAGCCUAUCGGCAACCAUCUACGACCAGACCACACGCAUUCGAUUCGCCUCAGGACUUUGUGCUCUUCGACCAGUCAGCUCAGGUACCCCAGCGACCUCAGCGAGCACCGAGCGCUCCUCCGCCUCCGCAUACGUUUAACAACGGCCACUUCUACGCCAAUUCUGCACCUUCAUCGACCACAGAAUUACAGCAGCCUCAGUUACGACAACGCCCCCCGGUUCCCCUGUUUUCCAGCUCUAGCAACAACACUCCACAACUGAACAACGCCACAACUAUGGCAGACUUGAACAGCAACAACUCCUUUGACUCAGGCAUCAGCCUGUUGUCUGGCUUCCGCGCCUCCGGAGCUGUUUCUCUUGACGGGAUCAACGCGUUCACAGCCGUCAACGAUCCUUCCGUUGCCUCCGGCUCCACGCGCACCGUAUCCCCCAAGGACAUCUUUAACGAUGCCUUUGGAUCUAACCCUCCAUCUACGGCGUUCACAAACUUGACCUCGCCCGAUAUCAACGAUACGCCCUACAUGUUUGACAGCUUCAACUGCUCGCCAAGCUUCGAGGGCGACUUUUGCAUGCCCUCUGAUGACACAUCUUGGCCAUCCUUGUUCCCCGAGGUGGACAACACGGUUCCAGAGCCUGCUUAUGUUCCUGCAGCCAUUUCACUUCCAAUGGAUCGAACUAUCAGUAGCCAGUCCAUGGAGCGAUCUGGAUCCUCCAGUAUCGGCUCCCCUCGGGUCUUGAACAGUUCAUAUCGCAGAAAGUCAUCUGUCAACAACUCGCCUUCCAUCAAUGGCAUCAGUAAGGCGCGUCGUCGCAAGGGUGAACUACCAGCAAUCACCGUUGAUCCUAGCGACAAGGUCGCUUUGAAGCGAGCUCGCAAUACGCUUGCAGCUCGUGAAUCUCGACAGAGGAAGUUCGAUCAUGUCAGCGAACUUGAGCGUCGCAACUCUGAGCUCGAGGCGGAUGUAGAGAAGUGGAAGAGCAUCGCUAUUGCUCUCGGACACACCGGGUCUUGA